AUGAACACCUCUCACUUCCUGGCCUCGCUGCUCCCGGGAUCCGCACAGGGUGAAAACAGGAGCAAGCUAAAGGGCAUCCUGUACAACUUCUCUGACCACUGCCAGGAUUCCGUGGAUCCAAUGGUCUUCAUCAUCAUCUCCUAUAGCAUCGAGACCAUUGUGGGAGUUCUGGGCAACCUCUGCCUGAUAUGUGUGACCAUGAGGCAGGAAAAGACCAAUGUGACCAACCUGCUUAUCGCCAACCUGGCCUUCUCUGACUUCCUCAUGUGUCUCAUCUGCCAGCCACUCACUGCCAUCUACACCAUCAUGGACUACUGGGUCUUUGGUGAAGCCCUUUGCAAGAUGUCAGCUUUCAUCCAGUGCAUGUCAGUGACAGUCUCCAUCCUCUCUCUUGUCCUCGUGGCCCUGGAGAGGCAUCAGCUCAUCAUCAACCCAACAGGCUGGAAGCCCAGCUUGUCCCAGGCCUACCUGGGCAUUGUAGCCAUCUGGCUCAUUGCCUGUUUCCUCUCCCUGCCCUUCCUGGCCAACAGUAUCCUGGAGAAGGUCUUCCACAAGAACCAUUCCAAGGCUCUGGAGUUUCUGGCGGAUAAGGUAGUCUGUACUGAAUCCUGGCCACUGGACCACCACCGCAUCAUCUACACCACCUUCCUGCUACUCUUCCAGUACUGCAUCCCGCUGGUCUUUAUCCUGGUCUGCUACUUGCGCAUCUACCAGCGCCUGCGGAAACAGGGGUGCACGUUCCGCAAGGGCGCCUACAGCUCGCGCGCUGGGCAGAUGAAGCGGGUCAAUGGGGUGCUUGUGGCAAUGGUGGCUGCCUUUGCUGUGCUCUGGCUGCCCCUGCAUGUGUUCAACAGCUUGGAGGACUGGCACCACGAGGCCAUCCCUGUCUGCCAAGGCAACCUCAUCUUCUUGGUGUGCCACCUGCUCGCCAUGGCCUCCACCUGCGUCAACCCUUUCAUCUAUGGCUUUCUCAACACCAACUUGAAGAAGGAAGUCAAGGCCCUGGUGCUGACUUGCCAGCAUAGCACCCCCCUGGAGGAGUCUGAGCAUCUGCCCCUGUCUACAAUGCACACAGAAGUCUCCAGAGGGUCUCUGAGAAUGAGUGGCAGGUCCAACCCCAUUUAG